AGAUAUGAACCCAAAAAUUUCAGAUUUUGGUAUGGCAAGAAUAUUUGGAGGAGAUCAAACUGAGGCUAAUACAAACCGAGUUGUGGGAACAUUUGGGUAUAUGGCUCCUGAAUAUGCUGUUGAUGGGCUCUUCUCUGUUAAAUCUGAUAUCUUUAGCUUUGGAGUGUUAGUGUUAGAGAUAGUAAGUGGAAGGAAAAAUAGAGGGUUUCAUAGCCAUGAUCAUCUUCACAACCUUGUAGGACACGCAUGGAGAUUUAUGGGAUGACAACAGAAAGGCCU